AUUUAUUGUUGUUAGAUUAAUUUGAAAAUAUUUUUCUUUUUUUUUUUUUUUUUUUUUAUCAAUAAAUAUUCCAAGAACAAAACUAAGAUUAUAGUUAAGAUAAUAUGAUAUCCACAGAAAAUUCGUCUAUACGUUCAAAAAUAAAAACUAGAAGUAGCAAUGUAUUGUCACAUCAAAAUGAAAGUGAUUUAGGAAAAUAUUUUAAAGAUAGUAUAUCAUUAUCAAAGAAUCUAAGUAAAUCACGUAAUAAUUUAUCAAAUACUCAUGAUAAUACAAAAAGGAUACAAAUGCGAAAUGAAUCGGAUCUUGGAAAAUAUUUUAAAGAUAGUAUUACAUUAUCUGAGAACAAAUUUAAUAAUCAAUUUAAUAAAAAUAUGAUAUUAGAGUUUUCUGAAUCGAAUAAGAAGCAUUCGGAAAAUUAUAUAGAAAUUGAGAAAUUAAAUAAAGAUAAUAUUAGUUCUGAAAGUGUAGAAGAUGAAAAUUGUCAUCUGAAAAAUAUAAAUUUUAAUCAAAAUAACAAAUCAAAGCUAUUAUUAUACGAUGGAAAUAAUAGUAAACAUCUAAAGGAGAAUAUAAAAGGAAAUAUAAGUAAUAGUAGCGAUAUAUCACAUUGUAAAGAUAAAACUUCUACUAUUAUAAGUACUAAUAAUAAUAGUAAUUCAAGUACAGAAGUAUCAUCUCAGAUUUGUACACAAGAUCAAUGUAAACUGGCAUCUUGGGGUCUACCGCCAAUUAUUCUUCAGAAAUAUGAAGCCAAAGGAAUAUCACAAAUGUUUCCAUGGCAGGUGGAAUGUUUAUCCAAUUGUAAAGUAAUACAGGGGAGAAAAAAUAUUCUAUAUUCAGCUCCUACAUCUGCUGGGAAAACAUUAGUAGCAGAGAUUCUUCUUUUAAAAGCAGUAUUAGAAUAUAAAAAGAAAGCUAUUUUUGUUUUACCAUUUGUUUCUGUUGUUAGAGAAAAAAUGUAUUAUUUUAAGGAUCUUUUAUCCGAAUGUGGAAUUAAAGUAGAAGGAUUUAUGGGAGGUGUAACUCCUCCUGGUGGAUUUACAGCUACCGACAUAGCCAUAGCAACUAUAGAAAAAGCAAAUUCUAUAAUAAAUCGUUUAAUGGAGGAAGGAGAUUUAUCUACGUUGGGAGCAAUUGUAAUAGACGAAUUACAUUUGUUAGGUGAUCCAAAUCGUGGUUAUCUCUUAGAAUUAUUACUUACCAAAUUAAGAUAUAUGUCUUUGAGAGAAACAAGUAUUAAUGUACAAUUAAUUGGUAUGUCUGCAACACUUCCAAAUCUGACUUUGUUAGCUGAAUGGUUAGAUGCAGAAUUGUAUAAGACUGAAUUUAGACCUAUACCAUUACAGGAACAAUGUAAAAUUGGAAAAAGUAUAUAUGAUAAUGAGAUGAAACUUCAUAGAAAUUUAGUAUCAUUAUCAGAGUUACCAAUGGAUACAGAUAAUAUUUUACAAUUAUGUAUGGAAACUAUAUCUGAUGGUAAUAGCAUUUUAAUAUUUUGUCCAACAAAGAAUUGGUGUGAAAAAUUGACAUAUCAAAUAGCAACAACAUUUUGUAAAUUAGGUCAAAAAAAUACAACACUUGGCAGUAUAUUAAAGGAACAAUUAAAUGAUACAGCUAUUCUCGAAACUAUAGAACAAUUGAAACGUUGUCCAUGUGGAUUAGAUAAUACCUUAAAAAAUAUAAUUUCAUUUGGUGUUGCUUUUCAUCAUGCUGGUCUUACGAUAGAUGAACGUGAUGUUAUCGAAGGAGCUUUCAGAUCAGGAUCUCUGAGGGUUCUUGUAGCAACAUCAACAUUAAGUAGUGGAGUUAAUUUGCCUGCAAGAAGAGUAAUUAUUAGGUCUCCUAUGUUUGGUGGUAAAGUAUUAGAUACUUUGACAUAUAAACAAAUGAUAGGAAGGGCAGGUCGAAUGGGAAGAGAUACAGCAGGAGAGAGUAUUUUAAUAUGUAAACCAAAUGAACGGAAAGCUGCAGAAUGUUUAUUGUCUGCAACAUUAAAACCAAUAGAAUCAUGUCUGAAAGAUUCAAAUCCUUUAAUCAGAACACUUUUAGAAGCUGUAGCUAGCGAAGUUGUUUAUACACAAGCUGAUCUUGAACUAUACAUGAAUUGCACUUUAGCAAGCAUAAAUAAAAAAGAUAUUAUGAUAAAUUUAUCCACUGAGGCAAUUAAAUAUUUAACCGAUAAUGAAUUUUUAUUAUUGCAAACCACGGAACAAGAAGAAAGAUGGGUAGCAACACCUUUAGGAAAAGCAUGUCUUGCUGCAUCCAUCUCACCGAUAGAAGGAUUAUUUUUAUUUGAAGAAUUACAAAGAGCUAGAAGAUGUUUUGUCUUAGACACAGAACUGCAUGUUGUUUAUUUAGUAACACCAGUGAAUGGUGGAAGUCAAAUUGGAACAAUAGAUUGGAUGGUAUUUAUGGAAUUAUGGAAAUCAAUGUCAGAAAGUGAGAAAAGAGUUGGUCAACUUAUUGGUGUAGAAGAACGUUUUCUAAUGUCAGCUAUCAGAGGAGUUGUGAAACCAGGCAAGCCACUGAGAAUACAUCAACGAUUUUACACAGCAUUAGCUUUACAUGAUCUAGUACGAGAGAUUCCUUUGAAUACAGUUUGUAACAAGUAUAAUUGUUGUCGUGGAGUAUUACAAAGUUUACAACAAAGUGCUUCCACUUUUGCUGGAAUGGUUACACAAUUUUGUAAACAACUUGGCUGGGAUUGUAUGGAGUUAUUAAUAGGACAAUUUAAAACACGUCUACAAUUUGGAGUAUGCAGAGAAUUAUUAGAUUUAUUACGUAUUUCCAUGUUAAAUGGAUUACGAGCAAGGAGCCUUUAUAAACAAGGAAUUACUACUAUAGCGGACUUAGCUGUUGCUAAUAUUCUUGAUGUUGAACGAGCACUAUAUAAAGCACUCCCGUUUGAAAGUGAAAAGGAACAUGAUGGAGAACACGAAUUAGAAGCUAUUACAAGAAAUAAAAUGAGGACGGUAUUCGUUACAGGAAAAGAUGGGCUUACACCGCAUGAAGCUGCUACUUUAUUAGUCAAAGAAGCUAGAAUAUUAAUUCAGAAUGAAUUAGGUUUACAAAAUAUGUCAUGGUCGCAUAAUAACUGUACAGUCACUGAUACUACAUGUAAUAGUAAUAAUCAAUCUAAUGUAUCAAAAGAUAUUAUUUUGGAAAAUGAUAAUAUAGAUUCGAAUAUAGAUUAUCUGAAUGCAUCAGAAAGGAAAAUGAAUGAUGUGGAUAAAAACGACAAGAAUUUUUCUCGCAUUGAUUCAACUGGAAAUAUUUCUAUGAAAGAUUCUAUACCAAUAGAACAUAAUAACAUUAUAGAACAAAAUAGUAACAUCGAUGCUACAAAUGUCAUUGAUAAAAAUCCUGAAAAUAAAUCAAGAUAUUCGAAAGAUUUAAAUGAUACAACCAUUAAUUUUAUUGAAAAUAAUAUUCCUGAAAUAAUAGACAGUACUGAGCAUAAACGUGACAGUGAGUCAUCAAUUACUCCAAAAAUAUCCAGAAAAAGAAUUCACGAAGAAAAGAAUAUUGAUGAUAUUAAUUUAUUAAAAUAUUGUAAAAAUAAUAAUAUAAAUGAGUCUGAAAUGAAUAUGAAAUUUUCUGUUCCAAGAAGUCCUAGUUUAUUCGACGAAAGUUUAAAUCUUGACACACAAAUGUACAAUGUGCUUGAAGAGAAUAUUAUUGAUUCUUUACAUUUUUCUUCAUAUGUAAGUAUUAAUGCUGAAACGAAAAAUGAAAUAAAUAUGAAGAAUCAAAAGGAAUUAUUAAAUCACGAGGUAGAAAAUAAUUUACCAAUGGUAAAAUUAAAAUCAAACGCGAAUAAUAUGUCGCAAAAAGUUUCUUCUCAUGGUACAGAAGUAGAAGAUAAAUCCGUUAUGAUAACAUGGAAUGAUGAUUCUUGGAACGAAUCAAAACUUUUAUUGAAUAAAAUAAAUGAAUUAGAUACGGAAAAUAUAGAGGUAAUAAAUAACAGUAUUAACAAUAUGAAAAAUAUAAAGAAUGUAUCACAAAAUUGUGACAUACAAAUAAGUUCAUUACAAGUUAAUAAUAAAAAUGAUAUAGAAUCUAAAUCUUGUGAUCGUCUUUGUGAACAAGAUACCAAUAAAAUAUCAUGCAAAUAUAAUUUACGAAAAUUUUCUGAUAAAGGACCUUUUAUAAUAAAUAAAACUACAUCAAAUCUUGAUAACAAAAUAUCAUUAGAUUCUAAUAAAUCAGAUUUGGAUGUCAUAACAUCUUCCCCAAAAGAAAUGAUAAGUGCUCAAAAAAGAUUGAAAUUAAAGAAAACAACAAAAAUACCUAUGAAAGUUUAUAAAGAUAAAUUAUCGAAGUUAGAACCUUCUGUUGUUAUAAACAAAAAUAAAAUAGAAAUUAGCAAUAGUAACAUAAAUAAGGAUAAACCAAAAUUGAGGCAAUUAUUAGAAAGAAACAUUCUUCUCAAUGCAAAUUAUAGUACAGACAGUAUUAUAUCCAAUUCAGAUGAAGAUACACCAAUUAAAAAAGCAAAAAUAAUCAAAGGACCUAAAACAACUUUGCCUAUUAUUAAAACAAGCUCAUUUCAUAAUAAGCAAAUUCAAUCAGACGUGCAAAUAAAUUUAUAUGUUAACAAAGUAGAACAUUUCAAUGAAAAUAUUGAUUGGAAUACAUUAAAUAUUGUCAAAGUUGGAAGCGAUAAAGCAACAUUUAAUUUAUUUAAACGUGAAGUUAUGAAGAAUACAAGUAUUGCAUUGGCUUUGCAUUGUGAAUCUUAUGUAAAUGAAUCUAACAAUAUAGGAAAUAAAAUUGUUAGUUCCACUACUGAAGGAAAAAAUAAAUCUAGAAAAAGUGAACAAUUAAUUAAUGGGGAUAAAAAAAUUUGUGGUGCUGCUAUUUCUUGGGAAAAGAAUAUUGCAUAUUAUAUUUCAUUCUGUGAAAUGAAAGAUUUGAAGGUAUCCAUUAAAGAGCAAAUAAAUUUCUUUAAGGAAUUACUUUCUAAUACGUCAUUGUAUAUAAGAUGUUUUUCAACCAAGAAAUUGUAUAAAACAUUAUAUCAAUGUUUCCAAGUAGCAGCUACUUGUAGAUUUCUAGAUCCUUAUACUGCUGACUGGUUAUUACACGGCAGUAUCUCUGAGAAAAAAUGGAAUGAAAUGGUGUUGGAAUAUUUUCCUUCAGGAUCUUUUAUAAUAAAAUACUUUGAUACUGACACAAAUGUAAGAAAUAAAUUACCAUUCGAAUUUAAAGCAUCUGCUAAAGUUGUUCUCACAUGGCAUGUUAUGGAUACAUUACUAAGCAAAUUAGAAGAACUCUGUCCCGUAUUAAUUUAUACAUUUAAAGAAAUUGAAAUGAGAACUAUUACACUGCUAGCUCGUAUGGAGUUAACAGGAUUCGGUAUACAUUUAAAAUCUUUACAAGAAUUGUCUCGUGUGAUAGAAGGCGAAAUGUUUUCCUUAAAAGAACGAGCGUAUUCUUUGGCAGGAAGAAAAUUUAAUUUUUCUUCGUCCAAAGAAGUCAGUCAGGUUUUGGGAUUAUAUAAAGAAAAGAAAAAAAUUAGUACUAAUAAAGCAGUUUUAGAACAAUAUAAUAAUCCAAUCUCUAGUCUUGUUAUUUCUUGGCGUAAACUUAAUGCUACCCAAACCAAGAUUGUUCAUCCAAUAUUAUGCCUGGCUCAAAAUAAUCCAAGAAUUCAUGGAAAUUCUGAAACUUCCACAUUGACAGGAAGAAUUACAAUGCAUGAACCGAACUUGCAAAAUGUACCAAAAGAUUUUAAUUCAGAAAAUAAUAGUUUUGUAAUAAGUGUUCGUAUGGCAUUUAUACCAUUUGAAGGGAACGUUCUAUUAUCCGCAGAUUAUUGUCAGCUUGAAUUAAGAAUAUUAGCUCAUUUUUCUAAAGAUCCAAUACUUUGUAAUAUUUUAUGUAAGGAAGGUGAUAUUUUUAAAAACAUUGCAGCUGCAUGGAAUAAUAUAUCAGAAGAUAAGAUUGAUGAUAAUAUGCGACAAAAUACUAAACAAUUAUGCUAUGGUAUGAUAUAUGGUAUGGGUGUCAAGACAUUAGCAGAAAAUUUAAAAGUAACUGAAACAGAAGCUAAAGCAUUUUUAGAGUCUUUCAUAAAUGCAUAUCCAGGCGUACAUAAAUGGCUUAAAGAUAUUAAUAUAGAAGCACAUAAAAAUGGUUAUAUUACAACUCUUAUGGAAAGACGUAGAAUGCUUCCUGGUUUACAAAGUACUAAUUUGUAUGAAAAAGCACAAGCAGAAAGACAAGCAGUGAACACAAAAGUACAAGGUUCUGCAGCAGAUAUAGCCAAACAAGCUAUGGUUAAUAUAGAAGAUAGAAUAAGAAACGAAUUUCCAAAUUCAGCAAUUAUCAUACCAGAAACAAAAUUUAAACAGAAAUUAAGGAAACAGCGAAAAGAUGACAGGCUAAGAGGUGCUUAUUUAGUGUUACAACUUCAUGAUGAGUUGUUAUAUGAGGUAAACAUAAUGGAUCUGCAACAAGUUGCUCUAAUAGUUAAAGAAUCAAUGGAACAAGUAUGUCAACUUGCAGUGCCAUUACCGGUGAAAAUAAAAGUUGGCCCUGCAUGGGGUGACCUGAAGGAAUAUCAUAUUUAAAUUAUUAAUAAUUAUCCAAUGUGAUAAUUAUAACUGCCAUAAUUAUUAAGAAAAAUAAUGAUAUAUCAUAUUAAUCUUUAAUUUAUUAUUAAUUUUUUAUUUAUUUAAUUUUUAACUUAUUUAAAAUAAUAUAAAAUAUUAUAUGAUAUCGUGAAUUUUAAAUCAUAUUUACAGAAUGAAGAAUGUACCGAUUAUAAACUAUUAUAAUAUAUACCUUGUCAUAUUAGAAAAUCAAUGGAAAUGUAAUUUCUAUAUUUUAUGUAUUUUUGAUAUAUUAAAAUAUUAAUCGAAAUAAAUCAUAUUUCAUAAUA